UUUUUCAGAAUUCUUUCUCUCUCUACCUUUAGUAUUCUCUCUCCUCUUGUCAAUCCUCUGCGGCUCUGCUAAUGCGUCUUCAUCUUCUUUAACUUCCUUAAUUCUCCUUGCAUACCUCUUCAUCUUCUUUUCGAUCUUCUUUCAAUUCUCCGGGAUGUCGUACUCAAGACGCGAUGUUCACUCACCAUCACCUUACAGACGGUAUGGUCGCUCUUUCUCGAGAUCCUUGUCAAGUUCAAGUUCGUUUUCAAGGAGUCGAUCAAGGAGCCGUGAGAGUAGUGUAGAGAAUCCAGGAAAUAACAUGUAUGUGACUGGAUUGUCAACACGCGUCACCAGGAAAGAACUUGAGAAGCACUUCUCGAGUGAGGGAAAUGUGGAGGACAUCCACCUCGUAACUGAUCCAUGGACCAAAGAAUCACUGGGUUUUGGCUUUGUGACCAUGUCCUUUCUCGAGGAGGCAGAUAGUUGUAUCAAGUAUCUUAACCGCUCUGUACUUGCAGGGCGUGUCAUCAUAGUUGAGAAGGUAUAUAUUUGUUUUUCUAUAUACACUUCCAGUUCCCUCUCCCCUUGGCAGAUAUUAUCAUCAUAUCAGCGCUUUCAGCGGAGCUCAGCAAUUCACAAGCAUUGGUAUUCACAGGUUCGUUGUGAUUAACCUUAGAUGAAAAUACAAUGGGUUUGCUGGUAUAGUGCCCUUUGUCUCUAAAAUUCUUCUGGUCUUGGUAAUGCUGAUUCUGAGUUGUCUUUAUUCGUUUUUUUCAAGUAUUAGUAAUGCCUAUUAGCUCAAUUGGUAGAGCUAUAUGCGAUUGCACAAUGAUGCAGGUACGAAUCCUACAUAGGCAACUCUUUGGUAAUAUUUUUUUUUUUGCUAAUUUCUGUAAAAUUAUAAAUAAUGAGCAUUUCUUUUUUGAAUAUUGAGUAAUUUGAGAUGUUAAAAUAUUUUCUCAUUUAGACACAAUGAGAAAAGUUUUGAAUAUUAACAAACCUGAACUUUAAAAUAUAAAUAAUGAACAAAAAUAUUUGUUCAUUUGUGUAGACUAUAAAAAAUGAGCAAAUUCUUUGAAUGUUAAGUAAUCUGAGGUUUUAAAAUAUUUUCUCAUUUAGACACAAUGAGUAAAAUUUUUGAAUUUUAACAAAUUCGAACUUUAAAUUUUGUUCAUUUGUUUGUAACUACAAAAGUUUAAAUUUUGAUAUGCACUAAUUAACCGAUCCUUGAUCCUUCCAAGAAAAAUAAGAAUAGUUAGUUAUUCUUAUUUCUUGAAACAUAAACUCAAAUAGAACAUGAACUGACAAGAACUUAAUAAAUAUUAACCCAAAACUCCAAAGGUAAAUAGAACAAUACAAAAAGUAAAGAUUAACCUACGUGGGAUUCGAACCGACAUCUUUAGUGUAUUUGCACAAUGCUCUACCUAUUGAGCUAGUAGGCCAAUGUGCUUAAUUGAAUCAACAAAAGUAAAGCAAAAACCAAAAAAAAAAAAAGUAAAGACAAACACAGAAAGACUUGGUUUCCCAUAGAAAGACUAAAUGGCAUGCAACAAUACUGGCUAUGAACCUUCGGCGUAAGCUAGGGCUGCAAGCCAACAAUAAUAUAAUUCUUCUUUUUGUUGACCUCCUUUGCAAAUCCCUUCUGCAAACCGUCCAAGAGAGACUCAAAUACAACAACAACAACAACAACUACCUCUUGGCGGUGUUCCUGAGCACGAGGAUAAGUGGGUUUUCAACUGGUUCGCAAUUGGACUCGUCUUCAGGUAUUCCUUCAUGUCCUUCACAAGAGACUCUGGUUUAUGAGGUGGGGAUUUAUUCUUAGUACUUCAGUAGUGAGGACCACCAUACCAGCUGCCACAACACUAAGUUGCUCUUUCAUCCUCAUCUUAGCCGCCUCCACAGGCGUGUCAGUUAGCCAUUGAACGUCAUCCUCAUCGAUCCCCAUCAUCAUCUGACAUGCUCUCGGUAAGGGAACGGUCCUCAUCAGACUCGCAUGUCUUCUUCUUGAUUGACUUAGAUGGACCUUCUUUAGAGGACAUCUUUUCUUCCCUGCUACUACCGUAUCAGCAGCUUCACCAUUCCCGAGACGUUCCUUCUCAGCCCUUCUUAGUCCUUGACAACUCCAUUUGUUUGUUUAUCUGACAUGAAUUGAGAAGAGGGGGGCAGAAACCCACGUAUAUAUUGAUCAACAAACUCCAGCCAAUUGUCCACUAUACGGAUAAUUAGACCUACCAACCUUAGAAAGUUAGCUCUCUAAGCUAAUGCAAUUAGCUGACUCUAAAGUUAGAAGGAAUUCUUUGUCAAUCGCAUGAGCAAUCAUCCAUAAAAGAUGUGAUUUAUUCUUCAUGCUCUAAUGCUCUAUACCCUUUCUAAUUGCAUUAAUUUAGAAGUUUGCUAGCUAGAUAUCCAACCAAGGCACCAAUAAUGAGCUAAAUGGCAUAACAAGACUAUUGCAUGGCCUCCUGGUUAAGAUUAAAUCAGUCCCGAUCAGCUAAAAAAAGUGACUAGAAAAUCUAAAAUACAUAAUGGGUAAGUAAUAUCAGUUCUAAUGAAUUCAGGAAAAGUAAGUUUUUAUCAACAAUAAGCAAUUCAUUACAGGAUUAGUAUCAGUUCUAAAAUUUUAUAAGCUCUUGAAAACAAGAAAACAGAAUCAUUACAUGAGAUUUGCCUCAGUACUAAAAUUCUAGCGAACAGAAACAAUCAAGUUUGAGAACUAAUUAGGCAAUAUAAGAGAUUACAAGUUUACAGUUUGCUAGUUCCUCAACUAGUUGCAAAUCAGACCCCAUAUCAUAGCCAAGAAGAAAAUCAGAAUUUUAAAAACAAUUGCUCAUUUGUGUAAAAUAUCAAAAUGAGCAAAAAAAAUAAAAAAAUAAAAAUUAAGGUAAGCAAUUAGAAUUUUAAAAAUAUUUUCUCAAUUGUGUAAACUAUAAAAAACGAGCAUAUUUUUUUGGAUAUUAAGUAAUUUGAGUUUUUAAAAUAUUUGCUCAUUUAGACACAAUUAAUGAGCAAACUUUUUGAAUAUUAACAAACACGAAUUUUAAAAUUUUAAAGUUGAGCAAAAAUAUUUGCUCAUUUGGGUAAACUAUAAAAAUGAGCAAAACUAUUUGCUCAUUUGUGUAAAUUAUAAAAAAUGAGCAAAUGAAUGUUUUGAAUAUUAACAAACCCGAACUUUAAAAUUUUAAAAAUGAGCAAAAAUAUUUGCUCAUUUGUGUAAACUAUAAUAAAUGAGCAAAAAUAUUUGCUCUUUGUGUAAAUUAUAAAAAAUGAGCAAAUUUUUGAAUGUUAAGUCAUUGGAGAUUCUAAAAUAUUUGCUCAUUUAGACACAAUGAGAAAAAGUUUUGAAAUAUUAACAAUCUGCACUUUAAAAUUGUAUAAAUGAGCAAAAAUAUUUGCUCAUUUGUGUAAAUUAUAUAAAAUGAGCAAAAAUAUUUGCUCACAAUCAGGAAUUCCAACUAGUCCCUAAUGCCCUACCCUCUAAGAACAAGAUGUAGUAAAGCUCGUACAACAAGGGCAUGCUCUCAUUGUGAAACAAGCUUCAACUGAAAAAGAAUCAGAGCCAAACAACAUUGUUUGGAUUGUUUGGAAUGAUAGAGAAAGAACUCUGAUGGAAAUUUCGUAAAAAAAAAUGAACCCCUAAUUAGAAAAGGAGGGAGUAGUUAUUUUAUGCAGUAUAAUUCAGAACAACUCUUUGCUGUUAGAACAGGUCCUGUCAUUCUUAUUAAAAUAAUUCAGAAAAGAAAACCUUUAGCACUAGGAGGCUAAUAAACUCCAUAAACAUUGGCUUAAACGUCAGCUUCAGAAUUAUAAGAUAUAUAUUAACAUUAACCUGUCUUGAAUAAUUCUUGGUUCCAAUCAAUAUGUUAACUUAUAGAGACUUAGAUAACAAAGACACCCUAUCUUCCCUUAGAGAUCGUGUCCUUAGAGAGAGAGAGAGAGAGAGAGAGAGAGAGGAGGAGAAUCUGUUGUAUUCUGCUCAUUUCUUCCUAACGAGCUCGUCAUGUUAAGCUAUGUAUGAAAGUAUAGUAUCCAAACACAGUGUACCGAGUGCAAAUCUAUCUGAUUGUCAGGUUUUAAACAAGUGGCCAUUUGACAGAGGUAUUUUCGGUCGUUGACGAAUACACCUUUAUCAAACAAAAUUUAUAGAUUCACCUACCUAACCGACUAUAUGAGCUAUAGUGGUAAUUAAGAUUGGGAUCGUCCCAAGGAAACGGAGUGAAAUGAGUUUGCUAGUCAAGCUAGUUUAAGACGGAGUUUGAAUUUGAUUAUCAACUACAAAGCUAUGCUAUCAAACGAGUUAUGCAAUAAAGUAAAGCAUUAGGGAAUUGGGGAUAGACAUAGGGUAAAUUAGGGGAAGGACGAAGUUUAACACACAUUCAUGAUGCAAUGUCUUGACACAUAGGGGAAAAGCAAUAAAUGACGCGCUCGCCACCUCUCAUAUAGAACGCGCUUAGAUCUCUAAUCGAGGAAGAGCUCUCACAUAAUCCUAAGACUAAACAACUAGCAAUUGAAACCAACUCUUCACAUGCAACAUAGAUAUUCACAAUCUCUUGCCAAAUCAAAAUGAAGCACUCCAAUCAAUCCUAAUUUAACUAGCAUUUGCAACUACUAAUUCAUUAGUCAUGGAAUUCCUAGCAUCAAAUCAGAAUUUAAUCACAUCAAUAAUCAUGAAUCAUCCUUCAAUUUCACCCAAUUCAAUCCCUAGUUUCCCCCCUAGCCCUAACUAGAAACUACUCACUACUCAUAGUUUUAACUAAGGAAAUCAAAGAUUGAAGGCAACUAGACAUUGAAUUGAAAGAUUGAAUUAAGAGAAUCGAAAGCUAAGAAUUCAAUUGAGAAUCAAUGGAUAAUAAGAAUCAACCAAAACUAUCAUCAAAGCAAUUGAACAAUAAAAAACUCAAGAAGAAUAGAAAAGCAUUAAAGAUUGAAUUGAAAUUGCAAUAAAGAAUUCAAGAGUUGAAAGAGAAUUACAAGUUGAAGCUUCCUCCAAUGUAGUUUCUAUAUCCUAAUCCAAAAAAACUAAGAACUCUCUCUCUAAUAUUCAGAAAAAUCUAAUUAUGAAAUUCUAAAAUUGAAUGAUUAUGAAUUAAAAUCGAAAAAGCUAUUUAUAUGUUUCCCCAAAUAGCAACUUAAAAUUCAAACAAACCAAGCUCGCGUCGACGUUCGGUCGCACAGACCCUCUAUGCGAUCGAACGAGUGAAAUCGUGUGGGCACACAUAAUCUUUGUGCGAGCAAACAGAGCGAAGAUCAAUCUCCUUCGUCAUGUUCGAACGCACGAAAUUUCUGUGCGAUCGAACAGACCUGCCUUACCCAAAUUCCUCAAAAUCUUCAGUGUGGUCGCACAGUAACUUUGUGUGGGCGCACAAAUUCUUGUGCGGGCGAGUGAUAUCCUGUGCGAUCGAAUCCAAAAUCUGGGGACAUUCUGCCUAGAAAUUCCAUUUUGUGCGGUCGUUGAAC